GCGCGGCGGAGGCGGAGCAGGCGCUGCGGCAGGAGGAAGAUGGCGGAUGAGGAGAAGCUGCCGCCCGGCUGGGAGAAGCGCAUGAGCCGCAGCUCAGGCCGGGUGUACUACUUCAACCACAUCACCAAUGCUAGCCAAUGGGAGCGACCCAGUGGUAGCAGCAGCAGUGGCAUCAACAGCAAAAAUGGCCAGGGGGAGCCGGCCAGGGUUCGAUGUUCACACCUGCUGGUGAAGCACAGCCAGUCCAGGCGGCCCUCAUCCUGGCGGCAGGAGAAGAUCACCCGGACCAAGGAGGAGGCCCUGGAGCUGAUCAAUGGCUACAUCCAGAAGAUCAAAUCGGGCGAGGAGGACUUUGAGUCUCUGGCCUCACAGUUCAGCGACUGCAGCUCGGCCAAGGCCAGAGGAGACCUGGGUGCCUUCAGCAGAGGUCAGAUGCAGAAGCCAUUUGAAGACGCAUCCUUCGCACUGCGGACGGGGGAGAUGAGCGGCCCAGUGUUCACAGACUCUGGCAUCCAUAUCAUCCUACGCACAGAGUGAGGGCUGAGGGCGGCCAGCCUGCAGGGCUGCAGGCUGCAGCCUUGCCCCGCUACAGUAUUUAUUGUUCCCAAAAUGGCUGGUUAGGGGGCUGUUCAAGGGGGUUCUGGGCUUCCUGUUGCCUGUGUACUUGCAGUUGGGGUUGUCCCUGCCAGACUCCCCCUGAGGGAAUUGCCUUUAGAAAGGCAGUAGGGGUGGGAAGGCCCCCAGCCCUAGGGGAGGGGGCCUAGUCUGUGCUCCCCCCACCUCCCAAUCCCAGGGGCAGGCAGGAGGACCUGGACUUGAUUCUCCUUCUGCCCAGUUCCUCUGUUCAGUUGCGGAAAGCAGAUACUGGGGGCCAGAGCCAUGGGGCCCCUUGUGUCCCCAUUAAAGCUGGAACCACUGCUCCAAGGCCUGUGUCUCAUUUUGUCUCCAGGGGGCAGGGAGGGCAUCAUCCACCUUCUCAUGCCCAUGUGUCCAAGCUGCUCUUCCUGUCC